AUGUCAUCGUCAUCAUCUUCACUUGGUGUUCCACACGAAAACCCAAUUCGUCAUCGUUCUUCAUCUGUUGGUAGAAUAGACGUUGGUGACACAUCUGCAUCUUUAUCAACCAUGCCAACCACGAGGUCUCUGAGAAGAAGAUCUAUUGCCAGAUUGAAAGAAUUACAAGACAAUUCAACUACAGAUUCAGCAAUUGUUCAUAAAUUAUAUGUUGGGUUUAGAGAAUUAACUUAUAGACACACUUGGAUUAUUCCUUUGAUUGUUUUACUCAUGGCUUUUGGUACAUAUUAUCUUUCAUCACCUUCAGGAAAAGUUCAUCAAGUAUUAGAAGAUAUGAUUAUUCCAUCUUAUCAUAUCCCUGGUACUGAUCAAUAUGGUAAAGGAGGUAACGAUUUCAAAUUUGUUGGAUUUUAUGCUAUUUUUUUCACUUUUUUGAGAGAAUUCAUGAUGUGUUGUGUUUUACGUCCAAUUAGUGUUUGGUUUGGUAUUAAAAAAGAAGCCAAACAGAAGAGAUUUUUAGAACAAACUUAUGCCAUGUUUUAUUAUGGUAUUACUGGUCCAUUUGGUUUAUGGAUUAUGAGAAGAUUACCAUUAUGGUAUUUUAAUACCACUCAAUUUUAUAUAAAUUAUCCACACAAGACUCAUGAUAUUUAUUUCAAAAUUUAUUAUCUUGGUCAAGCAGCAUUUUGGGUCCAACAAUCAGUAGUUUUAAUUUUACAAUUGGAAAAACCAAGAAAAGAUUUCAAAGAAUUAGUCUUGCAUCAUAUUAUCACUAUAGCGUUGAUUUGGUGUUCUUAUAGAUUCCAUUUCACUUGGAUGGGAUUGGCUGUUUAUAUUACUAUGGAUAUAUCUGAUUUCUUUUUGGCAUUAUCGAAAACUUUGAAUUAUUUGGAAUCUCCCAUUACCGGUCCAUUUUUCGUUAUAUUUAUUGGCGUUUGGAUUUAUUUGAGACAUUAUAUCAAUUUACAAAUAUUAUGGUCGGUUUUAACUGAAUUCAGAACCGUUGGUGAUUUCGAAUUGAAUUGGAUCACUCAACAAUAUAAAUGUUGGAUCUCACAGCCAAUCACUUUUUUCUUGAUUUUUGCCUUACAAUUAGUCAACUUUUAUUGGUUAGUAUUGAUUUUCAGAAUUUUAUACAGAUAUGUUUUCACUGGGGUUAGUAAAGAUGAAAGAAGUGAUGAUGAAGAUGAAGAUGAAGAUAGUGAAGAUUCUGCUGAUGAAAAGAAAAAGGAACAAUAG